UUCGACCGUCCCAUUAAGCUUAAGUGAAAUGUUCAGCACCUAAUUCAGGUGUGGGUGGAAACGUUAAUACAGCUGCGCGAUGGACUGGUGGCCGGCGGCCGCCACCCGCGGGCUGGUUGGGGGGAGUCUGCCGGCAAGCUUUAGUCAGCCAUAGGUGUUGGCCGUGUGUGGGUGUGUGUUCGGGAGUCGCUGGGUGCCGCUCAACUCGCUGUAACAGAUACAAGACCGAAUCACUCAGAUUGAGACUUCCAUACAAGAAAGUUGUAUCUAGUGUUGCAAUAACGUAACUACAGACCCGGCAAGCCAGGCGUCUGUGUGACACAGGACACCCCGCCCAGACACCACAGCCACUCGGGGCCACCAGGAGCUGUCUCAGGACACUGCCGCCGCCGCCGACCGUCACAGGGCACUAACACUCCUCCUUACUAACCUACACAGGGUGCUGGUGUAGGCCUGCUAUCCGGGCCUGCCAUCCCGUGCCCAACAACCUACCUAUCCACCCAUCCUCUAGCGCCCUCGCGAUGGAUCAGGUUGGUCGAGCAGUGCGAAGGGCACUUCCCGGGGGCUGGUCGUGCCUGAGAUCCGUCUUGGACCAGACCCGGGCUAUUCCUGUCCGUCCCCAUCUCAGAUGCAUGUCUCAUGUUUUAGCAAAACCUUCAGUCACGGAUGUCGUCCCGCCUCCCGCCACAAAUGCUGCAUGCAGGCACCUCUUUACCUCUAGAGAGUCAGAAGCAUCUUGGAGGGAGAGCAUCUGCAUCUCAGUGGACUGCGAAGAUGAAACAGUGCCGCCCGUCAACAUGGAGGACCAGCUCUUCGACAUGUUCAAGGACGAGAGCGACAAUACCGUCCACAUGGGGAAGUUCCUGGCGGCCUUGGCGGAGACUGGACUGAGGAAGACGGAUCCUCGCCUGAUGGAGCUGAGAAACAACCUGAUGGAGGUGCACACCAGCAUGGACGACCCACGCCAUUCCCCGCCCUCUUCAUCCGUGCUGGACAGGACAGCCUUCAAGAGAGAUCGGCACAGUCGUUCCCAGAGUCCCUCAGUGAAUGGAUCACCUCGACGCUCAGUCCCCAUCAUCUCACCGACCUCAAGAUGGCUCGACAGACAACAGUUCAAGAAAGUGAUACAGGACAACAUUGUGCUCAUAUCUCGGGCACUCAGGCACCAGUUUGUCAUUCCUGAGUGGCAUGAGUUCACACAGUACAUUGAAGAGUUCUACUGGUCAGCCAAGACCCUCACAGGGGGCAAGGUUGCUUCAUACAUUCCCCAGCUUGCCAGGUUCCACCCUGAUCUAUGGGGUGUGUCCGUGUGUACCGUGGAUGGGCAGCGAUAUGAUAUAGGAGACACAAACAUCAAUUUCACCAUGCAGUCAUGCAGCAAGCCAAUAACAUAUGCCAUUGCUCUCAAUGAAUUAGGAAAUGAAACUGUUCACAAGUACGUUGGCACAGAGCCCAGUGGACGCAUGUUUAACGCCAUUGUGCUGGACUAUAACGACAAGCCUCACAACCCCUUAGUGAAUGCAGGAUCAAUCAUCAUUAACAGUCUGCUAUACUGUCUAGUCAAGCCUGAAAUGUCUUCCUCUGAAAAAUUUGACUUCGUUCAAAGUUACAUGAAGCGUCUCGCCGGUGGGGAGAACGUGGGCUUCAGUAACGGCACCUUUUUGUCGGAGCGAGAGAACGCCGACAGGAAUUACUCCCUGGGCUACUACAUGCGGGAGAACAAGUGCUUCCCCGACAAGUGUGAUCUCAUGUCCUCCCUCGACCUCUACUUCCAGAGUUGUUCCAUGGAGGUGACAGCAGAAACUAUGUCAGUAAUGGCAGCAACACUGGCCAAUGGUGGCAUCUGCCCCACCACUGGUGAGCAAGUACUGAAGCCUGAUGCUGUAAGGGACGUGCUCUCCCUCAUGCACUCCUGUGGCAUGUAUGAUUACUCUGGACAGUUUGCCUUCAAGGUGGGACUGCCAGCCAAGUCUGGGGUGUGUGGCGCCGUCAUGCUGGUCAUCCCCAACGUCAUGGGCAUCUGUACCUGGUCACCACCGCUCGACUCCCUUGGCAACUCAGUCAGGGGCCUCAAAUUCUCUGAUGAGCUUGUACAGGUGUUCAAUUUCCACCGUUACGACAACCUUCGUCAUGCUGCCAAUAAGAAGGAUCCUCGCAAGCAGAAGUUUGAGUCACGGGGUCAAAAAGUGGUCUCCCUCCUCUUCUCUGCCAGCUCAGGGGAUGUUACUGCCAUGAGGAGGUAUGCCCUGGCUGGCCUGAACAUGGGACAGAAGGACUAUGAUGGCAGAACAGCACUUCACCUGGCAGCAUCUGAGGGCCAUAUGGAUAUUGUCGUCUUCCUGCUGGAGAAGUGCCAUGUUCCCCCAAGCCCCAAGGACAGGUGGGGCCACACACCAGCAGAUGAUGCAGAAGAGUUUGGUCAUUUUGAAGUAGCAGAGUACAUUAAGAGUGUAGAGAGUAAGCUAGAAAAGGCAAAGGAGGAAGUGGUCAUACCAGAAGUUGAGGAGGAGGCUCAGGCAGAACAGAUCUGGAAAUAAAUAUUCAACUAAACUUUAAAGGCUCUGAAAAUGAUGGAGACAUUUGGACACUCCAGAUGAGAUCCAGGUGAAGUCUUCUUACUUUUCCCAAAGCUGUUAAUGGGAUGUCUCAUGAACUUCUAUUUCAUUCUCAUUAGGUUACUGGAACAAAUAGUUGUAAUAAUUAUUACACCAUAAUACCAGCAAUGUCACUAAUGCUGCAGUUCAACAAAUGAACGAAUAUUAGUGUGGUGUUCAGUUUCAUCAGUUUCUAGGAAUCUAGCAUUACAUCAUUGUGGGAAUUUUUAGUCAACUUUCUGGGGAACAAAAGUCAUCAGUGGCUGCCUUCUUGUAGUACUUCUGUGUCAAAAUUCUGACCUGUAAAUAUUAUCAUGUACCAUGUGAACCACCAGCACAGUUUUAAAUGUAAUUUUUUUAAUUCAUACCACAGUGAUGAGUUUUCAAAACAUAGUAUCAUGAGACAUUCUAUUAGCUUCUUUUUUUUUCAGCAAGUUACUGAGAUCCUGUGUUAAAUAGUAUAUUGCACUUCCUUACUAGAAUAUUUUUUCUCACUACUGACUGGAAUGUGAUUUUAUAUCUUCCAAACUGAAAUUAUGUGCCUUGAAUAGUAGUUCAGGAGAGCACAAUAUUGAUCAUGAGCACAACCACAUACACAUCACUGCACCAUGUAAAAACUCUCAGCCCCACCACCUUAUGCUGGAUAUUGGAGCCUUUGUCACCAGUUGUUGAUGCUGCACUUAUGCCAUAAGUUAGUAACUACACACGUGCACAUCUCAUAACUAAUGAAAUGCACAAUUAGAUAUACUAUUGUUAAAUGUUGAGAUUUCAUGGAAUAGUGCUUCACUUGGAUAACUUCAUAGAACAAUCCAGGUUGUAAGUGCUGAGGCUGUAGGAAAGUCUUCCAUUAUAACUGCCACCAAAAACUAUGUAUGGAUCUGUGUUACAUACUAAAUGUGUGAAGGAUUAUUCAGUCAUGUCAUGUUUAUCUGUAUGCUAUGUGUUACAUGUAUCUAAACAAAGCCAAAGUUACUGUUGUACUGUUUUACGGGGUAUUUGUAUAGAUGUUGAACUGUUUCUUGCCUUGAUUCAUACAUUACAAAUUGAUGGGUACAUGAAUAGUGUGGAUGAAAUAUGACAUUAAAUUUCUGAAGUAUGCUCCUGUUGACAUUGAAACAGAAAGGAGAAUAUGAGAAUAUUAAAUAGAAAUUCUUGGAGUUGAAUACAUGCCUGAAAGUUUGAAAAAGCAAGGUAAAAUUUCAUGAAUUUUAGAUUGAGCUGAAAUACUUAAAAUGCCUAUUUAAGAUAUUUUGAGUAUUUUGCAUAAUGUUGAGAACUAAUUUUACCCUUUAUUGCAAAUUCUGCAUUUCAUAUAUCAGGACACCUGACAUUGUUUUACUUACAAAUUCAAAAAUUCCUCAAUUCAGCUUCCAUAAAUUGUAAUUGGUUAAAUAUGAAUGCCAAGGUAGGUAACAAAAGAAUGGAUGAAGUGGUUGGUAAAUGGAAAGUACCUGGAGAAAAAUUGUAAUAGUUAAGUAUUAUUGAAAGUCAAUUAUUUUUAACAAACACAUGUUUUCAAGAUAAAAAGAAUUGAUAGACAUACAAAGAUUAUCUAUCUAUGUAUAUCCAAUGUUUGUUCCUAAGAAUUCACAGAGGAUGGCCAUGACAGAAGUUCCCAUUUAUUCCAUGAUUCAUCUCAUAAUGUUGCAGCUUUGCAUUUCUUAGUGUUACAUAAUAGCUUCUCUUUUAAAGGUAAACCCUCUUACACAUCAUUGAAAAUUACUGGUAUAAAAAAUACACUACUAUAUAUCACUUUGAAAACAAAUUGUGAGGCAACAUAAAUAUAAAUUGGAGAUUACAUAUCUCUUCUCAGAUGUCAAAAGUGACAUUGCAGUAUUGUCUGCCACUACAAAUCAUGUAAGCUUGUGACAUCAAGAUGAUAAAUUGAUAUUGGUUUUUGAGAAGGUUAAAAAUUAAUGGGAAGGGGGGAAAUGUUUGAGGGUUGACUUAUCUAAAUUUAAAUAAUAGUCUCACAAGUUGUUCAAUUAUUUAUCUGCCAUAUUUCAUCAGUUAUCUUUUUUUCAGCAAUCCACUUUGGAUGCCAUUUGUUUUUUGUAUGUACAAGGUGGAAAGGCAUUCCUUGCUGAACUGUAUAUCUCCUUACUGUAUUUUAUGAAAGUAUAGUAUGUAGAGAUUCUUCAAUUAAUAAUCACUGAAGUGGCCGUAAAUACCAAAUUCAUUUGUUAAUGUUGGAUGCAUGGAUUAUUCAGAACAAGUUUGUGUUUUAACUUUUUAUAACAAAGCUUAUAGCAAUAUUGAAGUUGAAUGAUUGUUAAAGUCAGUGUUUGUGUCUUCCACUUCACAUAUACACCAUUCGUUCUAAUGCUGCCAAGAGUGGUAUUAUUUUAGGGACUCUGCUAAUUAUUGGUGGGCUCUCAGGCAAUCUGGGUGCAUUUCUGCCAUAGCCUGUUCAUGCAGGUAGGCUCCCCAGAGUAAAGCAGUGUAUAACUUUUGUAUCUAUAGAUUUGAUUAAACACAGAAAACUUGCAAAGUGAAUAGUCAUUCUAGAAAUCUGAAGCUUCAUUUUAUCAGUAAAGCAGUUAUACUAGUAAUUAUAACCUCAGCCUUAAAUUCAAGAUGUAUAACCAUACCACAGUGAAACACUAGCUAUGUACUGAUACAUCCUAUACACAUAAAAUAACAUUUGAUUGGAACCUGUGUUUACUACUAGACUUAGCAUAUGCACUUCAGGCAUAAACUGUGCUGAAUGUACAGGUACAGCUUGACAAGAUAAGCUGAUAGGGAUCUCUUCUUGAAGACUCACAUUGUCCUAGGUGCUCCACUUGACAGAAGGUUAGAACAAAUAUAAUUUAAGUGAAUAGCAAAUACAUAUAUAACAGUGUGGCAAAGAACCAAGUGGUGAAACAUUUGAACAAUCAAGCAGCAAUAAAGUUUUGUAGUAUUAACUAAGACAAACAUUGCCCACUUUAAAAAUGUUGUGGUGCCGGCCACAUUGAAUCUGUCCAAGAGUCCAUGUUAUAUCUACAUACAUACUACAUAGUACAUCUAUAUUUACAUUCACACACCUCUCCAUUGUUUAUACUAUUCUUGGUGAGAAGUAUUGGAUAAAGGCAUGUGGUUGAUUUUAUUCUUAAGUUCACCAUGUGAAAAUGUAUUUUAACCUCUGAUUCACCCUGUGUGCAAAAGCAGACUGUUUGGGUUUGUUUUGAAUGAGCAAGCACACAGGAUAGAGGCAUGUUCAUAAAUUGUUUUAUCUCAGGCAACCUGUUUACAAGUUAUAUACACAUUAUGCCACUGUUUUAUCUCCAGUAAAAUUAAUAUUCAGUAUCACUGGGAAAUUUUACUGGUACCAGGAAAUUCACCGUCACAGCAGUUUUCAUCAGUAUUAUUAAUUAGGAAGCUUGUUGUACUGCAUACAUUUUAAGCAGUAGUGAAAGUCAUGAAGGUGCCUGUCAUUAUAUGUCAGUGUGUAGUGCUGUAUUGUCUACCAUAGCAAAGUAGUACCCAUUAUUAAUGUUGUGUGGUCAUGGUCAUGAAGUAACCCCUUUAAUUCUGAAUAUGGUAUUUUUGUGGCAUUUGUCACUCACUGCAGCUAUGACUCUGAAAAUAUGAAUGUAAGAGGUAAAGUAUUUAAAUUGCAAGAGUUCUUUCUUCUAAGUUGGUUGUGAUCCCACUCUUUGCCUCUCAUACUGUCUGACAAUCAGAUUCACCAAAGGCGUAUAUUGGACUUACACUGCAGUCCUGCAUGUAAGGAGCCUCAUAAUAUUAUGCAGAAAAUAAUUAUACUUAUUCAUAUAUUGCAUAUUAAGAUUUUUAUUGCUUAUAUGGCAAUAAAUGAAUUUUCCUGACAUGCCUUAAGUCUCGUCAUUCAUGCAUAAUACUGUCAAGGUAAAUGAUACCUAUGCCAUUGGUCUCAAGUCUAUAGUUGCUUGUACCUCAACAUGCAUACUAUUUUACUUAGAGAGUUAAGGAGGAAUAUGAAGCACUUGUUCAAACUUGUGUAUCAAAUCUUGUCAAUGAUAUAAAAUUUAAAGUUAAAUGAGAGCCUCCAUUGUAGUAAAUGCAACACUGCUAGAAGAAAGUGUGCUUGUAUUUAAUAUAAACAGUGUUACUGUGCUUCAUCAAUAUAACCAUAAUUUUAGUGAUAUCAAUGUAAAGUAAUCUGUAUAAGUUAUACAGAACUGAAUAAAUGAAUUAUAUAGUGGGGAAUGAAGUGAUUAUUAUAAGAAGGCAGCUUGGAGUUGGAACCAAGAGUCAAGUUUUUUGGUACUAAACUCUAUUGCGCCAAGUCUUGUAUAGUAACUUUGCCACAUGAGAACAUGUAAUAAUGUUAAGUCACUUCAAAUGUAUGGCAUAGUGACUCUGUAUUCCAAACAAAGUCCUUAGUUAUUUGUAAGAUACCUAAGGCUGGGUUUACACUAAUCCGUUUUUAUGGAUUCCGUCUCUGUACACCAUCAAACAAUGAUGUCGCCACCAUUUCCAUUCGAGUGACUGUUGUGGAAACCAGACUUCAUUUCUGCCUCAUCUUGAAUGGACACCGUUGAGUGGAAGAGAUGAACCAAUUUCAACUUUGUAUGGAGAGACAGGCACAGUGCUUUCUGUGCUAAUAUUUUGAGUGUUCUAAAUAUGAUAUUCAAGUACAUAAUAAAACAUUAUUGAAUCACGGUUUUAUAAUGUAAUAAUACUAUAUUGUAAAUUAAACAUUUUUACACUGUUCAUGGAAAAAGAGGAGAGACCUUGGUCCCAGUGUAAGGUGCAGCAACACUGCAAAGCAUGUAAACACAAGCACACAGAUGGACUGGACAGGUUUCACCCCAGCAAACUGCAGAAACGCAACAAGCCUCACUUGGAAAAUACUAGUAUAACCUCCCUCUUCACCACACCGUGCAUUGAUACAGCUGACACUACUGCCCCCAUCAUGGCAUGUAGGAUUCACUAGCAUGUAGUUACUUAUAUUUCUUUACUGUGCAAUAAAUUACACUUUUCUCCACAUCACUGGCCUCUCUUCAUCAGCUGCAAGCAGCAAGAUGGCAAGAAGUAUGUAAAUUCAUUGUCGAGGAGGUUUCUUCUCUGUGCAGCCAUACUGACAAAUCAUGAAUACAGAGACGGUGGCCAAUUCCUCUGUUCAGUAUGGACUCCAUUUUUAUGACAUUGAUGGUGGACAGAGGCGGAAUCCGUAAAAAUGGACUAGUGUGAACCAGGCCUAACUUUGUACUGCAUAUAUAAUCAGAUACCUUGUACACAAAUACAGGUGACUAUAAGAAUAUAAAGUCAGUUUAUAGCACAUUUUAAGUGACAGCAAUAUGUCAGCUAGUUAGUGGGUGAGGGCAUAACCCAGUCACAGUAUUACCAUGUUUACUUAUUCUUGGUUGGCAUAAUAACUAUGCCAGACUCUGCAUGGUGGAACACAUUGACAUCAAAUAAUUUAGUGAAGUGAAUGAUAGGCCACACAUCGUGAUAGAUGGUAAUGGUUUGUCAGGUUAGAUGGUUGUAUGUUGCAGUUUUAUUGAGGCUGUAAAUUUGUGCAAGUAUAUUUUUUGUAUAUAUUAGAGCAAUGUACCUAUACUACAAGUCAGUUGAUUUAAAUUAUUCCAUUGUGAAAUAUAUGUACAGCAUCAUU